ACAAAAAUUAACCACAACUUUCUGAUGCUUCAGCAGAACUAUGGCCUUCCUGAAAUUGAUGGUGUUCUCUGCAGUAGCGAUCAUUCUCGCUUCAAGCAAGAAGGGUGGUAAGAAGGGGGGGGGGUUACGCAGUUUAACAGCUCUAGUCGAACAGCAGACAAAGAAGAUCAGUGAAAUCACAAGCUUGGUGGACGAAGCAAAAAAAGAGAUCAACGAAUUGAAAGCCAGUGUGGAAGAAGGAAAAGAAGAGAUCAACGACUUGAAAAGUAAAAUCGAAAGUCUGAAAGAAACAUGUGCCGAGGAAUUAAAAGCCAGUGUGGACGAAGGAAAAGAAGAGAUCAACGACUUGAAAAGUAAAAUCGAAAGUCUGAAAGAAACAUGUGCCGAGGAAUUGAAAGCCAGAAAGAAUGACGUGAUGGUGGUAAGCGGAGAGGAGGAUCUGAGGGAGGAGCGCUGUGCGAAAGUGUGUGCUGGAAGCUCAGUCAGUAAAGCAACCAACUGGGAGGAUUUCAGCUAUACCAAAAUCUACACACGCGUUGACAUCAGCAAGUGUGGGUUCGUGACAAUUCCAACUGUGACUUCCUCUCUUGAGGGCAGCAUGUCUUUUACAACAAGGACAGGGAGCUCGUACAUUUACAGGGUGACUUCCAGCUAUUUUAGGAUCUACCUGGUGUCUCCAUAUGGCAGAGGCGGUGUUGCGAAUAAAAUGGGUUGGAAUGUGGAGUGGAUCGCGGUGGGUUAUACCUGCUGAAGUUUCUACUGGAUCCAAAUGCAUGAGACUUUAUUAGAUUGUUAAACUUAAAGUUAUUACAUCAAAGAAAAAAAAAUGAUAAAUUUAAAGAUAAAAACUUUUAAUCGGCUGAUAAAUAUUAAACCAAGAAAAAAAUUAAUUUUUUAAUAAGAUGAGUAUCUAUAUUAUUGAUUUUAAUGCCUAUGUUAAAUAUUAAUAUUUAAUAAAGGAUGUUCAUAGUUUUUAAUUUUAUUGCACGAA